GCGCGGUGAAGCUGCUGCGUAAACACUCUUAUCACCAUUACGCACGGCUCGUCCGGCGCAAAUCUGCAGCCUGUGGAUAUUCUGGGAUGUUUUCGAGCUUCCUGAGGCUCUUUGUCAAAGUGCAUGUGAGACGGAGGAGUUUCCUGGUUUGCCAAGUGUCGGUCUCCGCGCUCCGGGCCCGAGGAGCGGCUUCACAUGGAGGUUUCUGUGGGGAGAGGAGGGAGCCAGACAGGCGACAGUCAGCUCUGACUUGGCCUCGGGGCAGAGGCAGGAGCGAGCGGGCGGACCAAUGAGAAGCACACAUCCACUCCCCUCAGUCCUGCCCGGCUCGGCUCGGCUCGGCGCACCCUGUAAUUAGGAGCUCUGGCUGGGUUGGGCGCCGCCACCGUGGACAUCCUGGCUGCUGCCGCGUCAAGGGACUUUGGGAACAGCAGCUCCAGGUCCCGAGAGAAGAAGACAGACAUGAACGGACAAGCGUCCCCCGUGUUCGAGGACAAGAAGCCGUCCCUCCCAGUGGCCGGCGGCUCCAUCUCGGCCACCAAGGCGUCCCCGACCCUGCCGGAGUCCUCCUCCACGGACAUGGGCUUCUACAGCGGCGGCUCGCAGGACUUCUACCCGGCGCAGCAGCAGCAGUACGCGGCCCAGCACAUGAGCCCGUACGCGUACCACCACUACAGCCUGAGCGGGAUGGCGGCCGGCGGCGCGUACCCGGUGGGCAAAGCCGAGUACCCGUACCCGCACGCAGCGUACCGGGAGCCCGGUGCGUUCAGCCGCGAGGUGCAGUCCGCCAUGCACGACGCAGUGAAAGAAGAGCCGGACAUGGAGGUGCGGAUGGUGAACGGGAAGCCCAAGAAGGUUCGCAAGCCCCGGACCAUCUACUCCAGCUACCAGCUGGCCGUCCUGCAGAGGAGGUUCCAGACGGCUCAGUACCUGGCGCUGCCCGAACGGGCCGAGCUGGCGGCACAGAUGGGCCUGACCCAGACGCAGGUGAAGAUCUGGUUCCAGAACCGUCGCUCCAAAUUCAAGAAGCUCUACAAGAACGGAGAGUUUCCACUCGGGGAAAUUGCUCUGGAACACAGUCCAGAAGCCAGCGACUCCAUGGCCUGCAACUCCCCCCCGUCCCCCGCUGUGUGGGACGGCACCAGCAACACAAACAACAGCAACAACAACAACACAAACAGCAGCAGCAACACAAACAGCGGCAUCAAGAGUAACGCACUGCUGGAGCCGACCAGCAGGGGGCAGGGUCCCUACCCGCCUGCUGUGGAGUCCUCGCCCACCUACAUGGGGGAGUUCUCACAUCAGAACUGGUACCAGCAGCAGGGGGCUCAUCUGGGUCUGCUGGCACCAACGCACCACACGCCCUCCACGGCGCCGGCCGCCUCACAGAGCAUGGGAGCCGUGUACUGA